AUGAAUUAAACAUCAUCAAGAGAAUAUGGUAACAUUCAAAGUUCAAACUCUUCGAGAAUUUAAUCUAACUCUUUUAUAAAAGCACAUUCAAAAUUACAAUAAUAAAUGCCAUUAAAUGAAUUCAUUAUGGAAUAUCCUUGUUAACCAAAAGACUCUAUCACCUAUGAAAUUAACGGAAUCGAUCUCGACAUCAAAGAACAUUAAAUACUUGAUUCUUACUCGAAUAGGAGUAAAUAGUAAAAUUCUUAAUCCAUGAUUAUUCUGGCAGUAUGUUAUUUAAUUUGAUAUAGGAAAGGAGAAAAAUUACAUCUCCAUCAAUUAAGAAAAACAAGAAAAAAAUAAAAAUGGAAUAAAUUAUCAAAAAAUUUAUAGAGAAGAUAAAGAUUAGUAAUAAUUUAUUCACGAAAUAACCUUAUGUUAAUACACUAUUAUAAACUUAUUCCAUUCCAUUCGUUAAAGAAAAGGCAACCAAUUUGGGAGUAAUGGACAAAAUAAAGCAAUCUAUAAGGCUUCCUAUUCCAAGACAAUGCAAGUUUAGACAAUUUUGGAAAUUAAUAAUGCAAAUCACUUAUUUAACUACUAUUAUUUUUUCUCCACUAAUUUUAAUUUAUCCCAGCAAUAUUUAAAUAUAAGCCCUAUUAUUUACAUAAUUAACAUUAUUAGUCUUUAAUUCGAUUUUAAAUUUAAAUACAUGCUUUUACAAAAACGGAGUAGAGGUAACUCAUUUACCUACAAUUCAAAUGAAUUAUAUAAGAAGAUAUGGGUUACAGGAUAUAAUGUAAUACUUGUCAUUUAUCUUUAUUUUAUAAUUUUGUGAAUAGAAUUCUUAAAUUUCAAUAAUUGCUUUAAUUACAUUGAAUCUUCUCAUUGUUAGAAUAAUCAAAUUGAAUUCUCUGAUAUCAUAAUCAAAUAGUAUUAUUUUAGGUUGGCAAUUUAUAAAAGGAUUAGCAUAUUGUCAUAUUUUCUCUUUAAUUUCAAUUUCAUACAAAGAGGAUAUUGGUUUGGAAUCAAUUAACGUACAAUUAAAAUCCUACUUGAGCUAUCUACAUGAAUAUAUAAAUGAGUAUUUGACUCUACAAAGUUUUUUAGUAAACAGUACAAAUUUUGAAUUGUUAAUAUCACUUUUGGUCCAGAUCCUAUUCACAUUCAAUAGAGUAAAACUAAUUUUAGAUCUCUUAUUUUACUUUCAUUAAAAUGUCCAUAAGUAUUUAUUGAAGAAAAACUACCUUGAUUUGAAAGCUUAUUUGCUAAACCAUGAGGUUGAUUAAAAUCUCAUGAAAAAAGCACUAAGUAAUUACAAAUUUGAGAUGAAAAAGGAUUAUUAACAAUCAAAUUUCAUGAUGGAUGCCCAAUCUAUUAAGUAUAUAGAUUAUGAAAUUUAGAAGGCCAUCUAGAAUACUGUGAAUGCUAAAUACUUUAAGAAAAUCUUGGUAUUAGGUUAAUUCUCAUAAAAUAUCUAAGAAAAACUGGUUGAAAACAUGUCAAUACAGUAUUUUUAACCGAAUGAAAUUAUAUUGAGAUAAAAUUGCAAAGAUGAUGAUUCCAUCUAUCUAAUUAAAAAAGGAUAAGUAAAGGUGUGUUAUUAGAGUGGGAAUAAGAAAUAGUUUGGGAUUAAAUCAUUAGGAGAAAUGUAGACGUUUGGGGAGGUCUCCUUUUUUACUGGAUUGCCUAGAACAAGUACGAUAGUUAGUCUAGGACCUGUUGAAACAUAUAAAAUUAGUAGAAGCGAUUUCUUAGAGUCAAUUAAAAAUAAUCGUCAAGAUUUGGUAUAUUUAAGUAUUAAAAUAGGAAAUAGCAACUUAUAUGAAAGAUUAAAUUCUACAGAAUAAUUAGUAUGGUUUAAUUGGAUUAAAAUGCUUUUGUUGUAAAUCGAAAGAGCAUUUGAUAUUUUAAUGUGACAAACUUCAUUAUAAGCCUGAUAAAGAAAAGAUUAUUAGUAAAUACUAAUAUGCUCAUCUUUAAUCAAGGAGAUAAUGUAACAAUUUAAUCACACUAUGAAUAGAUAGAAGGAAUCACAAAAGAACAAAGAAUACUAGAGAACAUUUAUUCCAAAUAGGAAUGGCUGGUGAAGAGUUUUAAGAAAAUAACUUUCUUUUAGAGGAUUAGUCAGACAUACUAAAAGAGUUAACAUAAAAUUAUAAUUUUUAAUCUUCUACCAAUAUUUAACAAAAUCAAUCUUAAGCUGUGGGAUUAUUUCCAAGCAGGGAGAGAAUAAAGUCAGUCGAUAAAAAUAGCAUAUUAUUAAUAAGUGAAUUAGAUGAUGUGAGAGAGCAGUUUUAAGAAUUGGAUCCAAUGGUUUUUAAAAAGGAUAAAGGUCUGUUCCCCUCAAAUAAUAAUUUUCCAAUAAAAGAAGUUAUCCAAGAACUUGAGGGGGAAGACUCAAGUUCGAAUUCAAAUGAUACUAUACCUAAUGAUAUUUGUAUCGCUCAUUUGCAACCUAAUUCAGAUAAACAAAAGUAAAAUAAUAAUUUAUUAACAAUUCCUGACAAAGACAAGCUUCAAGAAAUGUUAAUUAUCAGUCCUAAUAGCUAAGUUCAGCAAGUGAAUAAUAGUUGCCAUAUUCAAACUUCUCAGGAAAUGAAAAACUCUUCCAAAUAAAGCAGAAAAUCUUUAAGCUAAACUUUGUUACAUGUUUAAUAGAAUGAUGUCAUUAAAAGGCAUGAUAAUUUGAAAUCUCCUGGCAGGUAGGCUUAUUACGAGGAACUCGAUUUAAAUCCUUUAGACCGAUCAUCUCCAGGGAUGAAAAAGAUAAAUAAAAAUCCAUAAUAAAACAAAGCAAAAAUAGAAGAGAGUCCAUAAAUUUUUAUAGACCUAAAUAAUAAUUCUGUAAAUUAGAAAUUAUAAUUUAGAGUCAUUUUUUCUGUUUAGAAGAUAAAGAAGAAUUAGACAAAGCAUAAAAUUACAUCUAUUAUUAUCCGUACUACAACCCUGAAUUUAUAAUUAAUUCGUAAGUAAUUUGGACUAAUAUUAGAUACAAUCAUUUUAAGAUUCAUAGAAUCCAAAAAUAUCUUAGAAAAAGUCCUUAUACUAUCAGUUUUGUUAUUAGUGAUAAAAUUAAAUAAAAAGUCAUUAUAAAUUGAUAUAUAUUACAAUUUAUUCUACAUCACAAUUUGAUAAUUUAUAAUUUUGACUAUAAUUGCAANUUCUUAGAGUCAAUUAAAAAUAAUCGUCAAGAUUUGGUAUAUUUAAGUAUUAAAAUAGGAAAUAGCAACUUAUAUGAAAGAUUAAAUUCUACAGAAUAAUUAGUAUGGUUUAAUUGGAUUAAAAUGCUUUUGUUGUAAAUCGAAAGAGCAUUUGAUAUUUUAAUGUGACAAACUUCAUUAUAAGCCUGAUAAAGAAAAGAUUAUUAGUAAAUACUAAUAUGCUCAUCUUUAAUCAAGGAGAUAAUGUAACAAUUUAAUCACACUAUGAAUAGAUAGAAGGAAUCACAAAAGAACAAAGAAUACUAGAGAACAUUUAUUCCAAAUAGGAAUGGCUGGUGAAGAGUUUUAAGAAAAUAACUUUCUUUUAGAGGAUUAGUCAGACAUACUAAAAGAGUUAACAUAAAAUUAUAAUUUUUAAUCUUCUACCAAUAUUUAACAAAAUCAAUCUUAAGCUGUGGGAUUAUUUCCAAGCAGGGAGAGAAUAAAGUCAGUCGAUAAAAAUAGCAUAUUAUUAAUAAGUGAAUUAGAUGAUGUGAGAGAGCAGUUUUAAGAAUUGGAUCCAAUGGUUUUUAAAAAGGAUAAAGGUCUGUUCCCCUCAAAUAAUAAUUUUCCAAUAAAAGAAGUUAUCCAAGAACUUGAGGGGGAAGACUCAAGUUCGAAUUCAAAUGAUACUAUACCUAAUGAUAUUUGUAUCGCUCAUUUGCAACCUAAUUCAGAUAAACAAAAGUAAAAUAAUAAUUUAUUAACAAUUCCUGACAAAGACAAGCUUCAAGAAAUGUUAAUUAUCAGUCCUAAUAGCUAAGUUCAGCAAGUGAAUAAUAGUUGCCAUAUUCAAACUUCUCAGGAAAUGAAAAACUCUUCCAAAUAAAGCAGAAAAUCUUUAAGCUAAACUUUGUUACAUGUUUAAUAGAAUGAUGUCAUUAAAAGGCAUGAUAAUUUGAAAUCUCCUGGCAGGUAGGCUUAUUACGAGGAACUCGAUUUAAAUCCUUUAGACCGAUCAUCUCCAGGGAUGAAAAAGAUAAAUAAAAAUCCAUAAUAAAACAAAGCAAAAAUAGAAGAGAGUCCAUAAAUUUUUAUAGACCUAAAUAAUAAUUCUGUAAAUUAGAAAUUAUAAUUUAGAGUCAUUUUUUCUGUUUAGAAGAUAAAGAAGAAUUAGACAAAGCAUAAAAUUACAUCUAUUAUUAUCCGUACUACAACCCUGAAUUUAUAAUUAAUUCGUAAGUAAUUUGGACUAAUAUUAGAUACAAUCAUUUUAAGAUUCAUAGAAUCCAAAAAUAUCUUAGAAAAAGUCCUUAUACUAUCAGUUUUGUUAUUAGUGAUAAAAUUAAAUAAAAAGUCAUUAUAAAUUGA